AUGGGAAAGCUAUUCUUUGUGGACGAAUAUAGAGACAUCCCUGCUGCGGUUUCUGUUAUUCUUGGUGAGUUUAUUUUCGAGCAAAGGUUAUUCUCUACCACCGUUACCUUCCCCUCGAAACAUGAAUAUGCUCAACGAAAUCUUGGUUGCAUUCCUUUAAUUGGUCUUCAUUCCUGCGGUCUUCAUUCCUGCCACUCAUUCAAUCCGCUGGUGGGCGAGUUUCCACGUCUCAUGUCUCAUCUAAAGUUACGCUCUAAUAUGCUGUCAACAUACGUUGCUUCAUCGUACACCUGCCUCACACUUCUAACACGCUGUGCCGUCACGUCCGCUGGGAGGUUCACCACGGCCACCCGCUAUAAAGCUUCGAGCCGGUGGACGUACAGUUGUCUUAGUGCCGAGAAAGACAUGAUAGCGUUGCUACUGCUAGAACUCAUUGCACCAAGUUUGGCUUGUUUGGGUGGUCUUUUUGGCGGCUCUGGAGGCGGCUCACAAUGUUGCCAGCAACCGUCAGCCCCAGGUUGUGGUGGAGGAGCUUCAGUCAUGUGUAGUCCAAUGGGAAUGGGGGGAAUGGGAGGAAUGGGAGGAAUGGGAGGAAUGGGAGGCUUCGAAGGACUAGGAGGAGCGGGAGGGCUAGGAGGACUGGGAAUGCAGGCACCUGCAGCGGUCGUAGCAGGACAAUAUGCCAUGGAAUCAGCUGCGAUUGCUCCGUCUCCCUCAAUAGGUGCACCUCCACCACCGGUACCGCCACCGGUACCGCCACCACUUCCGCCACCAGCACCACCGCCAUCGCCUCCACUAUCACCUCCAUCCUCAGCACUAAGACUUCCACCUCCACCUGUAUCACGACCACAACCACAAGUUAUUGCGUAUCCAGAGCCGGCAAAACCGUCCUAUGCUGGAUCGGUUCCCGCUAAUAGAGAUGAAGUAGUUGGUGGACCUCGAACUGAUCGUUCACUUGGACAGUUGCUUACGAUGGUGAGAACACUAGCCCAAAUACCGUCUCUUUCGCGUAGUGGAAGUCGACAAAAAUUUGCCACCAACUGCGACCACCAUGGCGUAUCCAAGACAAGCCUAUCUGCCCUCGCUUACAGUUUUGUGAAGGGGUUCCAGCCUAGCUCAGAUGGCAACGUGUUCGAGAGCGCUCAGGAACCUAUUUUCCUUAAGCCCGAAAGGAAAGAGUUUCUUCAUUCAUGUGUAGCCCCCAUGGGUCUGAUCUGA